GAUCUGUCCCAAAGCCAAGGUCUGCGCCACUCUCCGCGUAACGCACCCUUUAAUCAGCCGGUAAUUUUUCCCUUGGUUCCCGGUUGAAUACCAACAACAGAGAUGUCUUUUACGAAAUUACGUCAGUGACCCUUUUUUGAAGCCCGCCCGCCUCGUCAGUCAACAGCCUGCCGCAGUAAAGCGGCCUGUGACAGGCGCUUGCAGUAGUUACACUUUGCUAUAACUCAAUAACCAAACGUAAACUUUGGUGGAGUCAGCCUCUGAAAACCUAGCCCCCUCCCCUUCUACUGUGUAUUCAAUAAGUUGGGUUUGCAGAUCAUGGAGGUGCAUGCUUCUCUUCUGUGUGAAACUUCAGUUUGAGCCAAUGAAUCCUUGGCUGAAUCCUUGGCUUACAUCAUGUCCUUCUUAUCUGAUUUUGGAAGUGAACCUACAGAGGAAGGAACUGAGCCUUGUGUAGAGAUAAUUGAACAACCAAAACAGCGUGGCAUGCGUUUCCGCUAUAAGUGUGAGGGACGGUCUGCUGGUAGCAUCCCUGGAGAACACAGCUGUGAAGCCACCAAAACCUUUCCUACUAUAAAGAUUCAUAGAUAUGUGGGUGCAGCAAAAGUUCGCAUCUCUCUAGUUACAAAAGAUACACCAUAUGCUCCACAUCCACAUGAACUAGUUGGGAAGGACUGUAAAGAUGGCUAUUAUGAGGCAGAUCUGCCCAGUGAGCGAAAUAUACAUAGUUUCCAGAAUUUGGGUAUCCAGUGUGUUAAAAAGAAAGAUCUGGAAGAAGCUGUAACUCAUCGAUACCGAACAAACAACAACCCUUUUAAUGUUUCACAAGAUGAGGGUAUCCGUGAAAUUGAUAUGAAUGCUGUCCGACUCUGCUUCCAGGUGUUUAUCAGAGAUGCAUUUAGUGGCCAGUUUGUAUCUGUUCAGCCUGUAGUCUCCAAUCCCAUCUACGACAACAGAGCCCCUAAUACUGCAGAGUUAAAAAUUUGUCGAGUGAACAAGAAUUCAGGGUACUGUAAAGGAGGGGACGAGAUUUUCUUACUCUGUGAUAAAGUCCAGAAAGAAGACAUAGAAGUGCGUUUCUUUGAAGGUUCAUGGGAAGCAAAAGGGACAUUUUCACAGGCAGAUGUCCACAGACAAGUGGCAAUUGUAUUCAAGACACCAGCAUACUAUGAUCUCAAGAUAAAGGCUCCUGUGAAGGUUCAAAUGCAGCUGCGUCGUCCUUCUGAUAAAGAAGUGAGCGAACCAAUGGAAUUCCAGUACUUACCUGUAAUUGAAGAUUUGUUUGGUGUGGCAGAGAAGCGCAGGAGAACAAUGACCAGCUUUGCAAAGCUCGUGGAGAAGGGAAACUUUACAGAUUCCAAGCUGUCCGAAAGGAAAAUAGCUGCACCUUUGUCAAAACUAGGUUCAUCAGGUGCUCGUCUUAAAGUGUUUGGAAGCAUGCCACAGACAGUGGCCAGCCGUUCUUCGGAAACACUGCCAGUCCCUCAGUUCAACAUGCAGCAUUUUACCUCUGAAUUUGAUUAUGCGCGUCCAGCUGAGGUGUUUGACUCUUCUGCAUCUUCAGUACAAGAAACAUUUUAUAAUACUGCAUCUACAACGCAGCGAACUCAUUCAUCUUAUGGAGACUCAGCAACACUUUUUCCAAGUAGUAGUGGGGUGGAUUUCCACCCUACACUAAGAGGAUCCUCACAGCUUGGACAAUAUUCCACUGUAGACCAAACAGAGAUACUAAAUUUAGGACUGACUGUGGGGUCUAGUGAACAUAGCCAUGAACUUCAGAGCAUGUUCCCAAGUCUCAGAGCUGAUCUCCUUCAACCAGAUCCUCUACCAGACUUUAGUAGCUUUGUGUCUGAUACAGACUACAGGAGCACCAGCUUAACAAGUAUUGAUAACACUGAAUUUGCAGCACUUUUAAAAGCAGAGGUAGACCGCCAUCAGACAGGACAUGACCAGACUCCACCAAGGCCAGAGAUUGAAGAUGAGCCUGAAAACAGCAGUAGCACCACACAAGACAGUAGCCAAGCAACAAUAACUUAUCCUGAGUCAAUAAGGAAGGUAUUGUCAUCAUUCUCUGGAUGUAUGCCUAGUAAUGUACCGGAUUUUAUGAACGGGAUUUCAACAAACCAAGAAGUGGUGCCUGAAGAACAGGAUGAAUGUUUUUCCAUGAUUGAUCUUGAUCUCCAAACUCUCCUUAACAUGGAGUGACGGAAGAGAUUUGUUUAAGAAGUCAACAAAUUAUGACUGUGUGACUGCAUAAAAAUAACUGCAGAGUUCUCUAUUCUUUAACAAAAGAGGUUUAAUUAAUUUGCUAAGGUUUUUUGCCUAAAUUAGGCAAUAACCAUACUGCCUACCUAAAUGGCUGUCAAAAAAGUAGGAAAGUUGUCAUAGUACAUAGCCAUCUGAACUGAAACUGUCCAGGGUCAAUUUGUAUAAACAGUAGUUCUGCAUUAUUCAGAAAGCCUAGCUGAUAAAUGUACUGAAAGCUUCAAACAUCUAACUGUAGUUAGUUCUGCCCUGAAGCAGAUUUUGCAGGAUUUGGAAUAGUUGUUGAUGUAGUUGAUGGUUAUAAUUUAAACUUGUUUGAUGCAUCCUUCCUACAACACUAUUACUGUUUUUUUUUUCUGGGGCUAGGAGCUUCAGCCAUUUAGAACCUGUAUUUUUGCAGUGUGGUUGUUACUGGUUCCUUUGCAAGCAUUUAUUGUUACUACAGCUAAACAACCCAAGUAAGAUAUUUUAAAAGAAAAUCACAAGUGGACUCUUAAUCACAAAUAUUGCAUUAUGUUAUUAAAUCUUUAAUGUACUUCACUUGCCCAGUGUAUGGUUCACAUAUCCUGCUAUAGGAUGACUCAUGGACAUCUAAUCUCUCUGCUGGAAAUCCAGUUGAUAAUAAAAUAACUGAAUCUUGUGGAUUCAGUUUAUUUUCUA